AUGGCGUCUUCCGAUAAGCUGGCGUCCCCAAUCUCGUCGGCCGGGCCCUCGGAGGCUCCGUUGGAUCAUGACUCGACUUUACGCGUCGCGAAGUCUGUCUCUUUGAGCCUCGGCACUGAAUCUCUCCUGGUCGCCGACGACCGCCCUCACAAACCGGACCGUGGCUGCUGCGGACUGAUCUCUUCAAAAGCAGAAACGAAUACAAAGAAUGCUAUCUCCCUUUAUAAUGUUCUGGAUGCGCAAGUGAACACAUCCGAUCUCGUCAUCACAUACGCCGCUCCUUCGAAAAAUGAAGAGGUUACCGUGACAUCUCUUCAAUACACCAUUGGCGAUGAAGAAAGGAACACUGUCGAGAAAUGGGUUAAUGCGCUAUUGGAACGCUCUUACGAGAAUUCGCUACACAAAAAGCGACUGAAGGUGUUGAUCAAUCCGUUUGGUGGACAAGGCAAGGCUGUCAGUCUGUAUGAGAAGUAUGCAGCCAAGGUGUUCGCCGCGGCGCAGUGCAAGGUGGAUGUACAAACUACGGAAUACCGAGGCCAAGGCACGGAAAUCGCUGAGAAGAUUGAUAUCAAUGCCUACGAUGCGAUUAUCUGCUGUUCAGGCGAUGGUUUGAUGUUCGAAGUGCUGAAUGGACUGGGCAAACGACCCGAUGCGCGACUAGCGUUGGCCAAAUUGGCAGUUGGACUACUCCCAGGUGGAUCCGGAAAUGCAUUGACCUUGAAUGAAUUCGGUACAACCACCAAUGUUUCAGUCGCAGCAUUGGGUAUUGUGAAGGGCGUUCGAACACCGUUAGAUUUGAUGUCUGUCUCUCAGAAGGAUUCGCGGGUCCUUUCUUUCCUUUCUCAAUCUUUUGGUAUCAUGGCCGACACCGAUAUUGGUACUGAUAACAUCCGAUGGAUGGGUGACAAGCGCUUCGUGUAUGGAUAUCUAGUCCGCUUGAUAUCAAAUGCGACAUUUCCAUGCGACAUUGCGAUCAAGGUCGAUAUCACCGACAAGAAGGAGAUGAAGGAGCGUUAUGCUAAGCUCGCGUCGCGCGAAUGGAAUGCAUCGGCUGAUCAGAGGCGCAUUGAGGAGGCAGAGUUGUCUCCAGCGUUGCCUGAGCUCAAGUAUGGCGGAGUUUCUGACGAGGUUCCUGCCGACUGGACCGUUGUUCCGGGUGAAAAUAUCAGUACCUUCUUUGCUGGUAACAUGCCUUCUAUGGGCAAAGACAACCAAUUCUUCCCUGCCGCUUGGGCCGAUGAUGGAUUCAUAGACAUUAUCACGCUUGAUAGUACUAUUCCUCGUCUCCGUACGCUGAAGAUGAUGGACCAGGUCCCCAAGGCUGAAUUCUUUGAUAGGGAAGAUGUGAAUUAUGUCAAGGCUUCUGCAUAUCGCCUUGUACCUCAUCUGAAGGAAGGCUAUAUCAGCAUUGAUGGAGAGGAGAUCCCCUUCGAAGCCUUCCAGACUGAGAUUCAUCAAGGCUUGGCCACGGUUCUGACCAAGACUGGGGCCGUGGAGGUACCUUUCGGUCCCUAA